AUGCUGCUUGAAUCCGCUUCAGCUUUGCUGCAUGGAAAUUACAUUUCAGCCAUCGCCACUUCGAUUUUUCUGGUGUUAGUCUCGCAGGCAUACUACCAGAUCUUCAUCAACCCUCUUGGAAAAUAUGCUGGACCAAAGUUCGCAGCUAUAUCACGGAUACCUCAGCUCUACCAUACCUUCAAAGGCGACCUGCUUGAAUGGACCAGUGGACUACAUUCUCUACACGGCGAUGUAAUCCGCAUCGCCCCAGAUGAGCUGAGCUAUGCGACUGGCGAGGCAUGGAAGGGAAUCUACGGUCAUGCCACCGCAGGGAAACCAGUCACGGAGAAGGACCCUCGAUUCUAUGGUCCAUCAUUUAACGGAGCGCCAGAUAUCAUCAGAGGAAAUGGACCUGACCAUGCCCGUUUCCGCCGCAACUUCUCGCACGCCUUUUCUGAUCGGGCGCUUCGAGAACAACAAUCUCUGAUCUGUCGAUAUGUGGACACUUUAGUUCACAGCCUCCAGAAAACAAUCAAGCAGGAUCCCAAUGCGAAAAUAAAUAUGGUCCGCAUGCUCAAUUUGACCACCUUUGACAUCAUGGGAGAUUUGACCUUCGGUGACUCCUUGAACCUGUUAGCUGGAACUGGUAACCUCAAUUGGGUGUCUGCGGUUUUUGUCAGUAUAAAAGCCAAUGCUGUGCGCAGACUGGCACGCUACGUCCCUUGGACUUCCCCCAUUGCUCAAAGGCUCAUUCCGAAGGAAUUGAAGCAACAAAGCAUUGCUCAUUACGAGGCCUCGCAGGAGCUUGUUGAUAAAAGGAUUGACGGCGACCAUACCCUGCAAAAACCUGACAUCUGGGGCAUUGUCAUGAGUCAAAAGGAGGAACUCCGUCUUAGUCGCUCGGAGAUGUAUGCCAAUUCCCAGGUGUUCAUGGUUGCAGGUACCGAGACUACUGCAACUGCACUAAGUGGCUUGCUCUACCAUCUCCUGACGACUCCUGAAAAGAUGAAGAUCAUUGUAGAGGAAGUUCGUGAAACUUUUAAGAAAGACUCUGACAUCGACAUGAGAUCUCUGGAGCGUAUGCCAUAUCUCAAUGCGUGCAUUGAGGAAGGGUUGCGCAUCUACCCUCCGGUCCCGGUGGGUCUGCCUCGCAUCGCUCCCAAUGAGGGAUUGCUUGUCUGUGGAGAACAUAUUCCAGGAAAGACUGUGCUUUCAGUUCAUCACUGGUCUACCUAUCGCAAUGCUCAAAACUUUCGACUGCCAAAUCAGUUCAUCCCGGAGCGUUGGAUUGGCGAUGAGUUUGCCACUGAUAAUAAGGCUGCAUUCCAACCAUUCUCGUUCGGCCCUCGCAACUGCAUUGGAAAGAAUCUUGCAUACCACGAAAUGCGUCUCAUUCUGGCCAAAGUGCUAUAUAACUUUGAGCUUUCUCUUCUCCCCGAGUCUAUUGGUUGGGAGAAACAGAAAACCUUCUUUCUGUGGGAGAAGAAUGAUUUGAUGGUUCAGCUGAAGGCUAGAAAGUAA